GUUUAUUUGCAAGAAAAAACAAUUCCUUGCAAAUUUCGUGGAUCUGCACGAACCAUGUUGGCAAUCGUAUUUUUUUGACACUCUUAAGAAACAAAAGCUACGCUCAAUAAGCGGAUAAAGCGACAAGAAGGACAAAUUGUUUGCACUCGUGUGCGUGCGUGUACGUUGUUUUUUAAAGAAACAUACAUACAUACAUAUAUACAUAGACCAAUACGUAGAUUGUGUGUCUGGCGCAUAUUUUGGCGUUCCCAACGUAGAGGACGAAAAUGGCCAGCGAGCCAGAGAACAAGCCACCGAUAUUACAUAUUCUAGUCGUGGGCUUUCAUCACAAGCUCGGCUGCCAGGUGGAGUUCUCACACCCACCACUGAUAGCCGGCUCUAGUGGUCGCCACGAAUGUCCAUCCGGCUGGAAGUACCUGCCCACAUUGGCGCUGCCCGAUGGCUCACACAAUUUUAUGGAGGAUACUGUAUUUUUCAACUUGCCCAGCCUGUUUGAGCCCGCCGAAAGCAUCUAUGGUGUCUCAUGCUAUCGCCAGAUACCCGUGGAGCAGCUCAAAAUACGGACAGCGGAUGUGACGCGUAGCACGGUGCAGAAAUCCGUCUGCAUAUUGUCACGUCUGCCCAUAUAUGGAUACAUUGAGGUGAAGCUAGCGCUCAUCGCCGAUGCCUUCUUUGAACAGGGCGAUUUCUCUGGCACUGAGCUGCUAGUAAAGGCCUAUCAACAACUCAACGCUUGCUUGCUGGGCGAUGACGAGGUGCGUCGGCCGUUGCGCCAUUUUCAUGUUGGCUUGUCACUGCGCGAGAUCGUUCUCCACUGGCGGCACAAAACGCUAAUGUUGUUCAAGCUGUUACUCCUCCAGAGACGUGUCGUCUGUUUUGGUUCUCCGGUACGAGGCAUGUGCGCCCUGAUCCUUGGUGUCGCGUCCCUGAUACCGCGUCUUCUCGAGAAAGGCUUUCAGGAGGUAGCUUGUGUGCGCACCUCACGUCCUCUGUCGCCGAUGCCCGAUUUUACGGACUCACUACAGCGGGAAGCGGCGGCUGAAGUGGAGGCAGCGGCGGCCCAAAAACUAACGCCUGAAAGCGCAACGGCAGCGGCUGGAGACUCUGAGGAUUUCGCUCUCGUGUCGUCCGCAGCAUCGGUGGGCUCGUUGGGCAAUAGUAGCGGCAACACAUCGCCCCAGACAACGACGCCAAAUUCACAGUCGCAGGAAUCAAAUUUUCCAUCGAAUCGCGAUUUGCAACGCGCCGAUUCCACAGAGAGCGGUACUAACGUCGCGGGCGGCGAAAUGGGUGCUGGAAGUAGUGGAGGAGGCACGGACGGUAGCAGGCGCAACGGACGCAGCAGCUCUCUGACUCGUGAGGCAAGCGUGGAUACGUUGGCAUCAAACUUGGCCGCUUUGUGCGCUGUCAAUCCGGAUGAAUAUCGCGCGCCGAUCUCGAUCUUUGCCAGCGGAAAUCUGUGUCUGCCUUAUUUGUCCUUGCCCUAUAUGGACCUGCUUAGCGAUCCGAUGGUCCUCUCAUAUGUGAUUGGCACAUCGAAUGUGCUGUUCCAGCAAAAGCGACAGUUGGCCGAUGUCCUGGUGGAUAUUGACGCAGCCAAUCUGGAGACUCACGACGCAGAGCUGAGGCGACAAUUGGUGCUGAGCACCGAGGAUUUGCGCUAUAUGGACUUUAUACUGAAGCACGUACAAACGCCUAAGGAGGAUGCCGAGGGCAGCGAAUAUUGGAUACGGGAGCAGUUCCAGGGUUACAUUUUGGCGCUAUUACGCACCACAGUGGCACAGGAUGCCACGCCAAAGGAUAAUGAUCAUUUCAAUGCUCACUUUGUGGGGGCUUUUAAACGUACACAAUGCUUUCAGGAAUGGUAUGAUGUGCGACCCGAACCCGAAUUUUUUGAUUUAUUACCCGCUGGACAUCCGUUCGCUGGCACUCUCUCCGUGGCCGACAUGAAACUAAAGAUUGCACAAACGAUGCAGAACAGCGAGAGUGGUCGCAAAAUAAAUCAGGCUGUGAACACAACCAGUCGCGCUGUUGGCGGUGCCAUUUCACAGGCGAAGGGCGCCUUCUCCAGCUGGUGGUCAUCCAUAACGACAGCACCGCCCCAAGGUGGCAACGGAGGUGGCGGCAGUAGCAACAUCGGUUCGAUCAGCCUAAAUGGCGAAUGUGAGGAAACUGAGCCACAGCAGCAGACACAAGGGAUCUCAGUUACAUUCCAGAAUCACCAGAACGAUGCGGAUGUGGAUGUGGCAGGUGUAAGCAUACAUUUGGUGACCAACAGUGGUUGCAAUCUGGAACUGCUAGAGGAGGCGUUGGAGUCUCACGAGUCCACGAGCGAGGCGGCACAACAGCAACAUGGCAUCGUCGAGAUUGGCCACGAAGCUGAGGUUCUCAAUAGAAGCGAUGCCAGCGAUGCGAGUGAGUCUCCAGCGAAAUCAACGCCAUCGAUGCGCACGUCGACAGGGACUGGGUGUGGCACUGAUUUGGCCACUGCGGCCAUCGAGCGUCCCAAUGGCGAUGUUUAUAUCGUUUGAGCGACACGCCUACUAAUUGUAUAAAUUGAGCCUAAAUAUUGCGAUUUGUCCUUAUUAAACAUGAAAAAGAACAUUGAAA